AAUAAAUAGAUCAUAUCUUAAAUUAUUAACAUUUUUAUAAUAAACAUUAGGUUUUUAUGGUGGUUCAGUUCCUGGUUCAUCUUCAUUUGGUUCUAGUAUCUCUUCCGGUCAUCGUGUUGGAUUCAAAAAGCUCUUAUCGGAUAUUGCUUCUAUUACUAGAGAUGAUGAUGAAUCAGGAGGUAUGAGUGAGUUGGAUAACUACUUGAAGGAGAAAUUGUUGCCUAAAGAUAUGGAACUUGAUUUGUUGGCAUGGUGGAAAACAAAUGGGAUUAAGUACCCGACACUACAAAGGAUAGCUAAAGAUAUAUUAGCUAUUCCUGUUUCCACUGUUGCCUCGGAAUCAGCUUUCAGCACUAGUGGAAGAUUAGUAAGUCCUCAUCGUAGUCGACUUCAUCCAAAGACAUUGGAGGCUUUAAUGUGUGCUCAAAGUUGGUUGUUGAAUGAAAUUCGAGCAACUUGUUCUGAAGAGACCGAGGCAUAUUGUCGUUCUGUUGAAUUUGAUUAUGAUGUGGAAGAGGAAAACACUAAAGAAAGCGGGACAACAAGUUUGGAUGAUUUUGUUUGAUUUUGAGUUUGUAACUUUGUUUUAAUGUUAAUUGGUAAUGUAUUAUUGUGAUGAAUUAGUUUUUCAUGUUGUGUACUUGGAUGUUUUGGUUGGUUGGUUGAUGUUACAAUAUUAGACUAUUAGUAAUUUCUAUUUGGUUAAA